AUGCAAACCCGAAUGUGUCCCGACGAUGUGGCCUGGGAACAAGCGGAGGAAAUAUCUGACGAUUGGCUGGCUCAAUUUCCCGAACAUAAGGUCUUGAGACCGAUCGGACAUUUCAUGCUUGAUCACAACGGAGGCCAUGGGACCGAGUUUGCCAUACUCAAAAAAGGGUCUUAUAACAUCUCGUUGCGAUUGAAGGACGGAAAUGAAGCCACCAUUAUCCGGUUGUCGCAGCCCGGCGCCGUCUUAUUCCCUGAGGAGAAAGUCGUCAAUGAGGUUGCUAUAAUGCGCUUUCUCAUGGACAAGACAUCAAUACCCAUUCCCUUUAUUCACCUCUCGGGAACAAAGAACGAGAGCCCCCUCGAACUGAGUCCAUUCAUUAUAAUGGAUUAUAUCGAACAUGAAACGAAAAUGUACGACGCUCUCAAUAUCCCUGGAUGCCCGAUAGACGAACGCGGGAUGCUAGACCCUGCUAUCGACGAAGACAGGCUUGAAAUGCUAUAUGGGCAGCUGGCGGGUAUCCUGCUUCAGCUUUCUAUCCCCUCUUUACCUCGGAUAGGAUCUCUUAGCCAGAUCGAUGACUUCACCUGGGAAGUAACGCGCCGGCCUUUGUCUAUGAACAUAAAUGAACUUGUCCGACUGGGAAGCUUGCCGCGGUCGAAGCUUCCAGAUCUAUAUACUACAUUCACUACAACUUCGUCGUAUCUCGAAGCUCUCGCGGACCUCAAUAUUGAGCAUCUCGUUCACCAACGAGACGAUUCUGUAGAGUCCGCGGAUGACUGUCGGCGAAAAUUUGUGGCAAGGCGGCUUUUUCGUCAGCUUGCCAGGGACAAGCGCCUCACCAAUCCAUUACUUGAGGAAGGGCCCUUCAAACUAUGGUGUGAUGAUCUGCGCCCGGCCAACGUACUUCUUCAUGAUAAUCUCCAAAUUGCCGGCGUGGUAGACUGGGAAUUCACAUAUGCAGCACCCGCUGAAUUUUCUUAUGCGCCGCCUUGGUGGUUACUCAUUGAGAAGCCUGAGUAUUGGUCACAAGGCCUUGAGGACUGGACAAGAGUAUUUAAUUAUCGCCUAAAGACAUUCCUUAAGGUGAUGAAGGAUUAUGAACAGAGUGCGAUCCAACAGGGUCGGUUGAAGGAGGACCAACGGCUCUCCAAUCGUAUGUAUCAGAGUUGGGAGAGUGGGGAUUUCUGGAUUGUUUAUGCAGUAUUGCAUAAUUUUGCCUUCGAUGUAAUCUACUGGAAGAAGAUUGACCCACGCUUUUUCGGGCCUACUGAGAACCCCGAGGAAGCAUGGAAAGAGAGACUCGACCUCCUGGACGAUCAGGAAAAGGAUGAGAUGGAACAAUUGGUGGCACGAAAGCUGAAAGAGAUGGAAACAAGGACUCUUGCAUGGGACCCAGAUGAAUAUACGUUGGCUUUCUAUCGGCAAUUGAAGGAACGGAAGGAAAAGGCACAUGAAGGAAAGUCGGAAACGACAGAAGCAGAUAGAGUCAAAGAGGUCGACAACGGAUCAGAAAGCUGUACCGGAAGACCUGGCUAA